GCAGAUCCGACGCUUGAUUGUGUUUCCCGGCACCAGCAGAAACCGACACAGUAAAUCAUGAUGGCAGCCAACCGUCAACCCAGUGCAGCAACCAUCCCGGGCGAAGGCUCUCUCCACCCUGCUCAACCUGCUCCAAACCAAUACUCUAUCCAACCCGGUCCGAAUGCAUACCCAAAACUCACACCCAGAACAUACAUCCAUUCGUACUGGCUAGACUGGUUGACCCUCGCAUGCAUGGGUGCUCUUGGUCUAGGUAUCUAUUACCUCCGCCCAGCACCCAACCGCCUGUUCCCAAUCUACUUUCGAGAUGGAGAAGUGAUCUACCCCGAAUUUGCUUAUCCUCUACGAACAAACAUUAUUCCUAUUUGGUUGGCUGCCUUUUUGGGUUUCAUGGUUCCUUUUGUUUUCUUCUGCCUACUUCAAAUCCGAGUAAGGAGUUUUGUGGAUUUUAAUGCUGCUGUUAUGGGUUUGAUAAUGAGUUUAGUCACUGCGGCAGUUUUCCAAGUCUUUCUCAAAUGGCUCAUUGGAGGUCUUCGUCCACACUUUUACGCUGUCUGCAAACCUCGCAUCGACCCCGCAUUAGCCAACGCCGGUCAAGGAUUUGAUGGAAUCAUGGUUGAUCGCAGUGUGUGUACGGGAGAUGAUAAAGAAAUCAAUGACUCGCUAGAGAGUUUCCCUAGUGGACAUUCUACGGCGGCUUUUGCUGGGUUUUUGUUCUUGUCUUGGUAUUUGAAUGCAAAGUUGAAGGUUUUCGCAAAUUAUCGCCCACAAUACUGGAAACUCGUUCUGUUUUUUGCCCCUAUCCUUGCCGCAACCCUCAUUGCCGGGUCACUUACCAUUGACAAGUACCACCACUGGUACGAUGUCAUAGGUGGUGCCAUUAUCGGCUCCAUGAUCGCAACGGGAGCAUAUCGCUUCCAAUACGCUUCUCUCUUUGACUAUCGAUUCAACCAUGUCCCACUUCCUCGUCGCACUGCGUCAGGAUUCAAGUACUCUAUCGCGCAACCACCUGACACUAUGGUUGUUCUUCCAGCUACCCGGAAAGCAGGGUGGGGAACAGGAGAGGGCGGUGUAGCGGGUGCACCAUUUGAUGCAAUGUGGUGGAAUAAUCCCAAGGCUGGCAAUGUCGAGAUGGGUCAGAGGGGUGAGUUGGCGGUUUAAAGUAGACCGACAUAAGUAGCCAAAGGAUAUGGGCUGUAUAGCUGGUGUUAUGAAACAUUUCUUGUAAUGUGGCUUUGAAUAAAACAGCGUGCAAAAGUUUUGUGGAUAUAGGGA